AUGGUACUCAUAGAGGGUAAACUGCAUUCUAAAUUGUAUCAUCUUCAUGCCAGUGUAGUUGAAGGGGAAGUUGUUGUAGCUUCUGGGAAAAGUGAUCUGAAUCAGUAUCAGUUAUGUCACUUGCGACUUGGUCAUAUGAAUGAUAAGCGAUUGUCUUUGUUGGGUAAGCAAAAUUUACUGAAUGGGACAAGGGUAAAGUUCAGCAAGAAGGUCGAGCGCAAGACCAGAGACAAGUUAGAUUAUAUAUAUUCAAACUUGUGGGGUCCAAACCGAGUUCCCUCCAAGAGUAGUGCCAG